AUGUGCUUCGGGAAGGGGAAUCAAAGCACCAAAGAUGAGCAGCCGGAGGUGAAGCGGAGCAGAGACAUUGAAAAGCAGUUAAAAGAGGAUGAGCGAAGGAUGGCGCGUGAGGUAAAGGUGCUGCUUCUUGGUGCGGGUGAAUCGGGCAAGUCAACGGUGCUCAAGCAAAUGCGCCUCAUCUACAACAAGGGCUUCUCCUUUCAAGAACGCAAACAGUGGAAGGUGACCAUCUUCACCAACCUCGUCCACGCCUUCCAGGUCACCUUCGGCGCAAUGGAAGAGCAAGAUGUCGACUUUGCCGAUGCCGAGAACAUUAGAUGGGCGGAAGUGGUGGCUGCCGAUCCAGAGAUAGGACCGGAUGAUAUGAUGCUGCACGACUGCUGCAAAGCAUUCAAGAGUUUGUGGGGAGAUGCCGGCGUGCAGCUCGCUAUCAGAAAGGGAAACGAGUACGCGCUGCAUGACAACCUGACCUACUAUUUCAACGACGUCGACCGACUGUUUUCCAAAGACUACCUUCCGACCGACCAAGACAUCUUGCGCGCCCGCCGACGCACGACCGGUAUCAACGAGACCGUGUUCGAGACGGGCAGCCGAUCCUUCCGUAUGUUCGACGUCGGUGGACAGCGGUCAGAGCGGAAGAAGUGGUUGCAUGUCUUUGACAAUGUGAAUGUCGUCAUGUUUCUCGUGGCCGUCAGCGGAUACGAUCAUGUACUGGUGGAGGAUCGCAAUGGUAACCAAAUGUCGGAGGCGCUCAUGUUGUUUGAAAACAUCGCCAACAGCCGCUACUUUGAGCGCUCCGCCAUCAUCCUCUUUCUCAACAAGAUGGACAUCUUCCGCGAGAAGAUUACGGCCGGUACUGCACCCAUCUCCGACUACUUCCCGGACUACACCGGGGGUGCUCGAAACGUCGAGGAAGCGGCGGCAUACUUUGCACGCAAGUUCCGCAGCCUGGUGAAGGGGUCGAAGGAGGUGUACGUGCACUACACCAACGCCACCGACACCACCCUACUCGACCGGACGAUGAAGAGCGUGCAGGACAUGAUUGUGCAGCGCAACCUCAAUCAAUUGAUGCUGUGA